UCUCCACUCCCUCUCUCCCUUUCUGUCCUAUCACCUCUCUCCUAUCACCUCUCCUUCUCUCAUUCCCUUCAUUUGCAGAUGGCGGUGAAGUGAGGUGGCUGAGGACUAGUAUGUGUGUGAGUGCGUGGAAGGAAACAUCCUCCCCUUGGAGAGAAAGAGAAAUCAGAGAAAGAGAGAGAGAGGAAGAAGAAGCAGCUGCUCUCCAGUAACAGGGUAAGAGCAGCUAACUCCAGUCUCCUGUCAUGGAUAGCAACGCUGGGGAAGUGGAGGACUCAGGAGAAGAGCUUACAGGGAGGAAGAAGUCUCGGUUCAAGCUGCUGAAGAGUCGUCUGUUUGGCCGUCUGAAGAGGAAGGAGACUGAAGGACGGAUGAAGCAGAGCCAGUCCGCUAGUGAUGUCACUGCUGAUGUCAUAGCUCCAAGGGACGACGACUCAGAGGAUGACUGUUUGGGCGGUCCAAAUACACUGGGGUCCAGAGCUCUGUCACAUGACAGCAUCUUCCUGGCUGACCAAUCACAGAGCUCCUCUGAGCCGACGAGGGUUCUGUCUCAAGAGAAUGUACACAGCAGGAUACGAGAACUGCAGCUGAAACUGCAGCGGCAGAACAUGUGUCUGGGCCCUCCCCCCUUGCUGAUCACUGGAAAGAGAAUGGAAGAUUCUGGAGCCACCUCUGAGGAUGAUGGUUUACCCCAGAGCCCUCCAGAGAUCUUGUUCCAUGACCGAACAGCACAGGGGCCUUCCUACAAGUUCCCUGACACUCACAGGCACCAUAGCUCUCUGAGUUUAGCAGGGACAGGAAGUGAGGAGGAGGAGCAGCCCUCCCCCCGUCCUCUCUCCCCGAAUCCUGCUUCCCCCUGUGAUCCAGAGCCCUCCCCUGCAGUGGACUUUACCAGCCCAGCCCAGUACACUCCUAGCCUGGACAGCUCUGCCGCCCGUCACCGCAUGUCUGUUAAACCCAGGAACCAGAGGGCCAGCGCCAAGGGAAGGAAAGGUCCCCUGAGAGCAAGCAGACUUGGCUCAGAGAGCCUGAGUGACCUGGACCCAGACCAGCCCCUGUCUGAGAGGGAGGAAGAGCAGGAUGGAACGGAGGACGAGGACAGAGAGGAAGAGGAGGAGAGGGAGCGACCGUUCUCUUCAUCUCCAAAAGACUCUGAGGAGAAGCCCUGGCAGUCAGUACCCCCUGGUGGUCAGAAAGAGGUAUUACAGAUACAAGAGUCCUCUGAGACAGAGGGACGCGUCACCACCAACCCUCUCUACCUCCAGGCUAUGACCUCUCCUCUAUCAGAACCCAUGACCAAGACCUCCAUCCUGGAGACCCCGAGCCUGUCCACUCCCCCUUCAGCAGCAGUGGAGGAGCCACAGAAGCCCCCGGAACCGAUCCGGGUCAAACGCCCAAGAACUCUCAUCCAGGAUAAUUCAGACCAGGGAAGUCGGUCUGGGUCUACAUCUGAAAAGACCCUCUCCAGGCCUCUCAGUCCUAUCUAUGGAUCAGAUAAUAUCACUUCCAUCACAAAUCAACUGCCCUCAAAAGAGAAGCCAGAGGAGAAUAUGACCCCAGCCACCUCUAACAAGGGAGACAGGUUGAGCAGAAACACACAGGGUGUGAGCCUAGCAGACACCAGCAGCUCUACACACCACUCUGCUCUACCUACCCCUGCCCCUCGCAUUAUAAGACAAACACAGAGACCUGCUUAUGAGAGAGAGUCUGUCAGAGAGACUACAGCAGUCCCACUGUCGGGCAUUAAUGAAGAAACCUCCAAAUUGGACCUGGUGCAGAAGACAACAGGGCCACCUACUGGCCAUGAAGACACACUGCCUAGAGCAAACAGUUUCUCCACCUCCUCCUUGAGACAGCGUUCCAAGAGUGCCACUGGCAGAGCCCACACAGGGACUAGAAAUGAGGAGAUGAAUGCAGAAGGAAAAGGAGGGGAAGGUUUGGUGGCCAAGAACCCUCAUCAGGAGUCUGUCAGAAGGCAAGAGGUAAAACCAGAGCAGGUCACAUUUAAAGGCCUGAAGGAAAACCAACCACAACCCUCACCUCAGGAGAGAAAAGUACAAACAGAGGUAGAAGUCGUGGAGGAGAGAGGACUGAAGGGAGGAGAGAAAAGGGAUGGGCAGAGUGAGGGAAAUGAGGAGAAGGAGCAGGAGCAGGAGAGGAGGAGUGCUUUCGGAGUGAAGCUGCGCACCACUUCUCAGUCUCUGAAGUAUCGCUUGGAGAAGGACCAAGAAUUCAGGGUUAAGUGUCAUAUUGUCUCAACAACUGCAGAACCAGUCAAAGGCGAAAUUGGCACAAGUUCAAAGGUCAGGGGUGACUUGGCAAAUAAGGCUUCGAGGAAGGGCCCGUCACAAGUGUCUGAUUGCCCCCCCUCAUACACCCCUGACAGAAACAGACUCAACGAGAACCAAGAUGAUGAUGAUACUGACCUGGUAGUAGAUGCCUUUUCAGACCCAGACAAAGGCCCAUCCUCCAGACCUGCUCUGGGGCUCCCAAGAUGGACUGAGACCCCUGGGUCUAAUGGGUCAGCUGGAUCGGAGCCUGUCUGGAUGUCCAUGGCCCGGGAAAAGACCAGGAGUCUCCAACAGCAUCUCAGUCCAGAGACAGUGCCUGGGACAGGGGGGACAACAACGCCCCAGUACACCCCAUCACCACGGCCAGCUCCAACCCCAGCCCCACAGCCGAGAUUACAACCAACAGCUCAGCCAUCAACACAACCUCCAUCACAAUCACAGCCAAGCACAAAAACAGCCUCGCAAAAACAAACAUCACCCCCAGUGGUACAAUCACCAUCUCAACCAAUACCAAGCGGUAGACCAAUCCUACAGGAAAUGCAUCUGACAGCUAAACUCAAAACAUUGCCGUCAGAUCAGCCUAACACACAACCGUCCUCCCAACCUCACACGCCAACCAGACCAACUCUACGAGGAGCGUCUGAGAGAUCCUCCACGUCUCUGAAGAGAGCUGAGAAGAUGCCUGUGGAGAAAUGGACAGAAAGAGCGCUCCCGACUGGGACUAUGGAGGAAUCUAUCAAUGGUCAAAUUGAGAUUCACAUCGCAAAUCCUGAGAUACCUUCUUCUUCAUCAUCAUCAUCAUCCUCAUUGUCACACCGGGGUCAGCCAACCUGGAUGGAACUUGCUAAGAGGAAAUCUCUGGCCUGGAGUGACAAGACUAUGGACUAAGAGAAAUGUACACGCGUGCGUGUGUGUGUUUGAGGGAGGUAAAGAGGUUCCUAAAGAGAGUAAGAAGAAGACUGAAAUAAAAUAAUAAUUUGUUGCUGACUGUAUUAUUUGAACCUACUGGCUUCAGAGUUUAAAACCUCUUUCCCUUUACUGUGCCUUACUCUUCUAACCAUUACAUUUUUAAAAUUACUUAUAUUUCACAUCGGCCAGACUGAUGCUAAACUACUGCGUAUAACAACACUAAACCAAGAGGUCUGGACUUUUAUGGCAAGAGGGCAUACUGUUGUUUGUUGCUGGUUCAAACUCCAAUUCAGUUUUUUCACUGCUUUUGACAUAUCACUCCGUGCUUGAUCCCUGUUGUCUGGAAUAAAUAUACUGUCAAUUGUA